AUGCAGCGACCGCGUCACUCUGUGAACGUGUCGAGGUCGUCACUCCGCAAAAUGAACUAUUUAAUUUAUUGUGUUUUGUUAUGUGCAGUUUGUGUUAGUGCUAAUUGGGCACCAUUCAAAGCGCUGUUGUAUUCGGAUUGGAUCGAAUGUAACCACAACAAGACCCUAAAUUUAGGCGUAAGCGAGGUGCAAGUUUACUUCUACGACUUCCAGAACAAUUUCAACACCUCAUACCCGAUAGAUGUCGCUGUCGAGGGUAUCACUUCCACCUAUAACUUGGAUGUGACGAGGAAACUUAUCUUCUAUGUACCGGGAUAUAAGAGUCAGAUUGACAAGAACAAUCCAGAACUAGUCAGACAGACCUUCAAGGACGUUCAAAACACGUAUCUAAUAAUAAUAGAUCAUUCCAGUUACACUUCGGACAGAGGUGGAAGAUUCGAGAGCUACGCAAGAUCGGUCAGUUUCGUCUAUUACAUUGGUAAAGCUUUGGGCAAAGUGUUGGCCGAUCUGCACAACAAAGGGUAUCCGUCGAAAAAUAUACAUUGUAUUGGACACAGUUUGGGAGCUCAGAUGUUGGGCCACGUUGGUACGACGUACACCGAAUUGACCAACGAAAAAGUUUGGAGAGCCACCGGUAUAGAUCCGGCCGGUCCUUGCUUCUCGAAUAGUUUGAUUCAGGAGCAAAUACGUUCCGGUGUUGCUGAAUACGUUGAGGUGUACCAUUGUAACGCCGGGGAACUGGGAACCACAGCCGUUCUGGCCGACAUAGACUUCUUCAUGAACAAGAAAGGAAAGAAACAGCCUCCAUGUCACGAGGGUUUGAUACCGGCGAAAGGUGAUUCGGAUGCCGCGAAAUGCAGUCACAAAGAAUGCGUGAAGUAUUAUAUGUUGAGCGUCCACCAUCCGACCUGGUAUCUGGCUUGGGCGUGUGACAAAUACGACGACUUCAAACAUGGCAAAUGCGCGGCCCAUGAAGUAACAUUAGCCGGGUAUCAUAACCCCGGUAACGCUACCGGAGUCUUCUAUGUGUCAACUGAAGGAUAUGGGAUAGAUUAAUUAAAACUAGUGGCCCCACAGUAGUCGAAAUUCGACUAUAAUUAAUUGAAAUUCUAA